AUGCAUUUAGAAAACAAGGAUGGCAGGCUGGCCCCCAGCAUGCUGGAGGUGGAGCUGCAUCAGAAGUCGGCCCCCAGAGGGCUGGGGCCAGCUGGACUCACCUCUAAGAGCCACAGACCCCUGCAGGGAGUCAGCGGACCGGACCCUUCCAGCCCCCACCCUGGGUGGGCUGCUGCUGAGAACUGCCGGACCCCUACCCACCAGAGUUUUGGCUCAUUCCUCUUGGAGGAGAGGUCUCAUACUCCCAUGCCCCAGCUCUUCAAUGCCAGAUCAAAAGACCAUUGUUCUACAGAAAACACUCCUUUGCUGAGGAAUUCUGCACCAGAGAAAGGGUCACUGUGCAUGCCGCUUUAUCACCCAGAGUUCGUCACCACUGCCGAUUCCUGGGACAACAGCUCGGCCGAGUGGGACCGUCGGUACCUGCUGGGCAGAGAGGUGGUGGGGCUGUCUACAUCUGCAUCCUCAGAGAAGGAGGAGCUUCUGUAUAAUGCGCCACUGAGAUCCCACAUCUCGAGGCUCAGGUGCUGUAUGAGGUGGCUGAAAAUCACAGGCCUGUUUGUCUUUGUGGUGUUGUGCUCUAUUUUAUUCAGCCUGUAUCCAGAUCAAGGGAAGUUCUGGCAGUUGUUGGCUGUGUCACCACUGGAAAGCUACUCCGUGAAUCUCAGCAGCCGUCUUGAUUCCACGCUACUCCAGGUAGAUCUGGCAGGGUCCCUGACAGCUGGUGGGCCAAGUCGUCCAGGAAGAGAAGAGCAUGUUGUGGUGGAGGUGACCCAGGAGGAUUCUCUGAGCUCCAGACGGCGGCGGCCACAGCAGAUAAUUCACAACUGGACGAUAUUUUUAAAUCCAGGAAGUGAGCACUCCACGGUGAGCAGGACCUUUGAGAUUUUGAGCAGGGAGACUGUUUCCAUCAGCAUUCGGGCUGCCCUGCAGCAGACCCAGGUGGUUCCUCUUCUGCUGGCACAUCAGUACCUCCGUGCAAGCAUUGAAGCACAAGUGACUGUCGCUGCAGCCAUCCUUGCAGGUGUCUAUGGGCUGAUUAUAUUUGAGAUUGUUCACAGAACUUUGGCAGCCAUGUUGGGUUCCCUUGCAGCAUUGGCAGCGCUGGCUGUGAUUGGUGAUAGACCAAGCCUGACCCAGGUGGUGGAGUGGAUUGAUUUUGAGACCCUGGCCCUGCUGUUUGGCAUGAUGAUCCUAGUAGCUAUAUUUUCAGAGACUGGAUUUUUUGAUUAUUGUGCUGUAAAAGCCUACCGCCUGUCCCGAGGAAGAGUGUGGACCAUGAUCAUCAUGCUGUGCCUCAUUGCUGCCGUCCUUUCUGCCUUCUUAGACAAUGUCACUACGAUGCUCCUCUUCACUCCGGUGACCAUAAGAUUAUGUGAGGUACUCAACCUUGAUCCAAGACAAGUGCUAAUUGCGGAAGUGAUCUUCACAAACAUUGGAGGAGCUGCCACUGCCAUUGGGGACCCACCCAAUGUCAUUAUUGUUUCCAACCAGGAGCUGAGGAAGAUGGGACUGGAUUUUGCGGGAUUCACUGCACACAUGUUCGUUGGGAUUUGUUUCAUCCUCCUGGUCUCAUUCCCACUCCUCAGACUCCUCUACUGGAACAGAAAGCUUUAUAACAAGGAGCCUAGUGAGAUUGUUGAACUGAAGCACGAAAUUCACGUCUGGCGCCUGACAGCACAGCGCAUCAGCCCAGCCAGCCGGGAGGAGACAGCUGUGCGUGGCCUGCUGAUGGGAAAGGUGCUGGCACUGGAGCACCUGCUGGCACGAAGACUGCACAGCUUCAACAGACAAAUCUCACAGGAAGACAAAAAUUGGGAGACCAAUAUCCAGGAGCUGCAAAAAAAGCACAGGAUAUCAGACCAGAUUCUGCUCAUCAAAUGCCUGACAGUGCUGGGAUUUGUUAUCUUCACAUUCUUCCUCAAUUCAUUUGUCCCUGGUGUUCAUCUUGAUCUAGGAUGGAUUGCUAUUCUGGGUGCCCUCUGGUUGUUAAUUUUAGCUGAUAUCCAUGAUUUUGAGAUAAUUCUACACAGAGUGGAGUGGGCGACACUUCUAUUCUUUGCAUCACUCUUUGUUCUGAUGGAGGCGCUGGCCCAUCUCCAUUUAAUAGAAUAUGUCGGUGAACAGACUGCUUUGCUAAUAAAGAUGGUCCCAGAGGAUCAGCGCCUAGCAGCUGCCAUCAUCCUGAUUAUUUGGGUCUCAGCCUUGGCGUCAUCCUUGAUUGACAAUAUCCCAUUCACUGCUACAAUGAUUCCUGUGCUUCUGAGUCUAAGUCAAGAUCCUGAAGUCAGCUUGCCUACGCCACCGCUCAUGUAUGCCCUGGCCCUUGGUGCCUGCCUGGGAGGUAAUGGGACACUGAUUGGAGCUUCAGCAAAUGUUGUUUGCGCAGGGAUAGCAGAACAGCAUGGAUAUGGAUUCUCUUUCAUGGAAUUUUUCAGGUUGGGUUUCCCAAUGAUGAUGGUGUCCUGCAUCGUCGGGAUGUGCUAUCUCCUUGUGGCUCAUGUUGUGGUGGGAUGGAAUUAA